AUGGUGUAUGAACACCUUCCAUACAUCGAGCGCCAACAAUUUACUCUCGACAGUAUGAGCGCCCUGUAUCGAUCGAACCUCGCGGCGACGUCCGAUGCGGCAGCUGCAAAUUGCUCUGAAACCCGAGACGAUGGCAAGCCCAAUCCAUUCGAUUCUCUGCCUCUUGAAAUUUGCCAGGAAGUCGCGAGCCACAUUGAGAGCGACGAUGAUCUCGACAGUAUGCUGUAUGCCUGCAAGUCACUUCAAGUGGCUCUCGCGGACCCUCACUUCUGGCGUAAGCGGUUCCUUCAAAAGUUUGACAGUCCGCGCCCGGACAGCAAUGUGAAGGAGAACGACGACUUCAAGACAGAGUACAAGAGACGUCAGAACGUCUUGAAAUAUGGUGCUCGAGGUCAAUUCGUCACCGGGAACAAAGCUAGAGAGAAGUUCUGCCUGCAGAUUCUUCGAGAUCUCAUUCUGGACUCCUUCCAGAAUGGACCAGGCGGUAAUGUUCGAGUUCGCAAAGCAGCCAACGUCUGGCAUCUCAGCGAGCUCAUGGCGACUCCCAACUUUCUCGACAUCGAUCGUCGCCGUUAUGGCGGAGAAUCACACGUCUGGGGAUUUCCCGAGUCACAACAAAUGGCUUAUGCCACUGCUACCGAGCGUCCAAUCUUCAAGGGAUGCAAUGGUCUCGACGUCGACAUCGAAUGGUGCUUGCAUCAGAUCAACUUCUGGAAAUAUCACAUGCUUCGCGAAGAAGAGUGUACGCUUUAUGAAGCGUAUGCCAACCUUGACAUCGCCGAACGCCCUCAUUUCUGGUCUUCUGAACUUACGAACAACGGACGUGCCACCGUUGGUAAGAGUUGGAAGGGUGCAUACGGGUUUCUGACCCGCGAACAAGACAUCGAUGUGGUUCGUACGGGCAAUAAUCGUGAAAUCCAAGUCGUCGAUGAAUUCAACAGCGAUGACUUUCGUGGCGAAUUUCAAGAUCUCGAACUGACUCUCACGGACCCGACGGAGCAAGAAUUCAACCCACUGUUCGAGAGCAUUCUCCACUCGCUCGAGCCACCCGUUCAAAAGGCCCGCACCCGUGCGCAGAAGCGCUGUGCAUCUCCACCUCCAACGCACCUCCCGUCGCGCUCCUUCCGAUUUGGUGGGAAAGGCGAGGACGCUGAGGAGGAGUUCAAGGCUGACGGCUGGCUCAACCCUCUUCCAUCUCAGAAUGGCAUUCCGGGAUGGCAGCGCAUGACGAUGAUGAAGUACUACGAGCAGGAUGAUGGCACCGUGGACACUUCAUCUCUAUGGGCUUAUGAGGGAGUCUGCCUGCCUGGUGGUCAGAUCAUCAUCGGCCGCUGGUGGUCGCCAUCGAGCACAGUCAACGGCGACGACAUGUACUGCGGCCCCUUCUUGCUUUGGUGCGUCGACAGCCACGAGAUUCCAGCCUUAAGCUUGUGCGCACGAGAAGUGCGGACCACACCAUGCAGACUUCUAGCGACAUCUUACACCAACUGGCCGGAUUGGCCGGCAGCGCUCUUUGUUGCAAGUGACAGUCGCUCGACAACCGGAUCGAAGGGCCGAGACGAUACGAAUGCGAUCAGGCCUGCGGCUACUCUGCGACACGGCUACAGACUCGAUCUUACGAUGGCUUUUCAACUACCCAUGAGAUUUGGAUUUAGCGACACAUUUUGGCUUCGGAAGUUUGGAAGAUACCGUAAUAUUGAGGUAUCCUGA